AUGCGUUCUCCGGGUGUCCCGUUGCGGCGGGAGCCCCUCUCUCCGCAGCGGCUUCGUGAGUGGUACGCUCGACGCUGUCGCCGUGCUACUAGUGCUCCUGGUGCUGGAGCCGCUGGUCCUGGAGGCGUUCGUACUGGCUGUACUGGAGCUGCUGGUGCUGGUGCUGCUGGAGGUGCUGCUGGUGCUGGAGCUGCUGGAGGUGCUGCUGGUGCUGGAACUGCUGGAGGUGCUGCUGGUGCUAGAGCUGCUGGAGGUGCUGCUGGUGCUGGAGCUGCUGGAGGUGCUGCUUGUGCUGGGGCUACUGGCGGUGCUACUGGUGCUGGUGCUGCUGGAGGUGCUGCUGGUGCAGGAGCUGCUGGAGGUGCUGCUGGUACUGGAGCUGCUGGAGGUGCUGCUGGUGCUGGGGCUACUGGAGGUGCUGCUGGUGCUGGAGCUGCUGGAGGUGCUGCUGGUGCUGGAACUGCUGGAGGUGCUGCUGGUGCUAGAGCUGCUGGAGGUGCUGCUGGUGCUGGAGCUGCUGGAGGUGCUGCUGGUGCUGGGGCUACUGGCGGUGCUACUGGUGCUGGUGCUGCUGGAGGUGCUGCUGGUGCAGGAGCUGCUGGAGGUGCUGCUGGUACUGGAGCUGCUGGAGGUGCUGCUGGUGCUGGGGCUACUGGAGGUGCUGCUGGUGCUGGAGCUACAAGCGGUGCUGCUGGUGCUGGUGCUGCUGGAGGUGCUGCUGGUGCUGGAGCUGCUGGAGGUGCUGCUGGUGCUGGAGCUCCUGGAGGUGCUGCUGGUACUGGUGCUGCUGGAGCUGCUGGAGGCGGUACUGGUGCUGUCUCUGCUGUUUCCGGAGGCGCUGCGCGGCCGCGACUGUACUACGUUCCGCUCCUUCAGCAGGUUCUUGGUCUACCGCCUUCUCCUGGUCCUACUCCUCCGUUACUGAGUCCACCGCCUGUCCAGUCACAGUCGCAGUUACAGCCGUCCUCUCCACUGCCUGGUCCUUCUCCUUACUCUGGACCGACUAGAGGUCUUACGGAGCGUCGUGAGCCUGAGUCGCGUCCAGUGUCGCCUGUGUCUCGUGCUGCGUCGCCUGUCCGCACUGCUCGCGCUGGUCGUGUUUUGCGUCCGCGUCCUCCUCCUGUCCCUGGCACUCACUCUAUGACACUGCGUCCUUCCACUGCUCCACAGCGUGUCUCUCUGCCCUCUCCUCCUGCGUCCUCUCUUCCUGACGGUCCAGACCUGGAGUCUGACUCCCUUCGUGCUGCUAGUCCUACUGUCACGCGCUUCCUGGCCACUGCUGUCACUGACCCUCUGUUUGAGUCCACUGCUGCGUCUGCUCUCGUUGCUGAGCUUGUUGACUUUGUUGCAGCCUGUCGCCUAGACUACGCCACUAGUCUUGUUGCUGAGUCUGCGUCUACGUCUGUCUGUCCUCCAUCCGUCGGGGGUGAGUGUGCUCUUGGCACGGACGUUCUUGAGGACAGACAGGAGGAAUUUGAGUGCUUUGCCGCUGUUGUACCUCAUCUCGUGUCCAUGCUGCUUGCCCCUGAGGGAGACCCGGAUGCACCAGACAUCCCGACCCCGCGCUCUUACGCAGAGGCGAUAGAGGGUCCCUACUCCUCUCAGUGGCAGGCAGCCAUGGACGCCGAGAUGGCUUCCUGGAAGUCCACAGGCACCUACGUCGACGAGGUUCCCCCACCUGGGGUUAACAUCGUCAGUGGCAUGUGGAUCUUCAGGGUGAAGCGGCCGCCGGGUUCUCCGCCUGUCUUCAAGGCGCGUUACGUUGCACGUGGCUUCAGUCAGCGACAGGGAGUUGACUUCUUCCAGACCUUCUCCCCUACCCCGAAGAUGACCACUCUUCGGGUACUGCUGCACGUAGCUGCUCACCGUGACUUCGAGCUCCACUCGCUUGACUUCAGCACAGCCUUCCUACAGGGCAGCCUGCACAAGGAGAUCUGGCUACGCCGCCCACCUGGCUUCACUGGGUCGUUUCCUGCUGGUACCCAGUGGAGCCUCCGGCGGCCAGUCUACGGUCUCCGCCAGGCAGCCCGUGAGUGGCACGACACACUGAGGACGACUCUUGCUGCUCUUGGUUUUGCUCCUUCCACUGCUGGCCCGUCGCUGUUUCUACGCACCGACGCCACUCUGCCGCCUUUCUACGUUCUUGUGUACAUAGACGACUUGGUCUUUGCUACUGCUGACACUGAGGCACUCGCCCACGUGAAGUCCGAGCUGCAGAAGAGACACACGUGCACAGACCUGGGUGAGCUGACAAGCUAUCUUGGCUUGCGGAUCACCCGGGAUAGAGCACAGUGCACCAUUACCUUGACUCAGUCACACAUGGUGCAGCAGGUCCUUCAGCGCUUCGGCUUCACGUACUCCUCGCCACAGUCCACUCCUCUGCCUACCGGUAACUCGCUCUCAGCUCCACCUUUGGACGAGUCCGUAGAGCCGAGUGGCCCGUAUCCAGAGCUUGUGGGCUGCCUCAUGUACUUGAUGACUUGCACACGACCUGACCUCGCAUACCCUCUCAGCCUUCUGGCUCGCUACGUGGCUCCCGGUAGGCACCGAAAGGAACACUAG